AUGGAAAGAUUCAGGCCACUUCCCCAGCUUACAGGUGACAACUACGCAUAUUGGAAGGCUCGAACAAGAACUCACCUUAAAGCUCAAGGAGAUCAGGUUUGGCGGGCGGUACUGACCGGUACAAGUUCAGUUAAACAGUCAAAGCUUCAGCUGGUAAAAACUGAAUUUGAGGGACUUCGUAUGAACGAGGACGAAGAUAUUGCGAGUUUUCACGAACGCAUUCAAGAGAUGAAGGUAACCGCUAUUCAAGAACUUGAUGGCUGGGAGAACAAAUCAGUGGCUCAACUAAUGGGCAAUCUUCGAACCUACGAAAUGGAAAUUCUUACUGACCACACCAAAAAGAAAAAGACAGUUGCGUUUGUCGCUGAAGAACAGGAUGAUACCGCUAACCCAGACGAAUCAGGUGAUGAUCCAGUUGAGUUUUUGACUGAACAGUUUUCUAAUUUUUUGAAACAGGUAUCUCAGAAGAAUUCACAAAACAAAAAAUUUCAAAAAGGAGCAAGCUCAAACAUGUCGAAAACUUGUACAAAAACUGGCAUGUCAAACUCAAAAACUGCUGCCCCACGUCCAGCCCGCUCCAAGGAAAAAUCAAACAACAAAGGAAUAAAAUGUUACGAGUGUGAGGGCUUUGGUCAUGUUCAAGCUGAAUGUCCAACUUAUCUUAGGCGAAAGAAGUCCAUGACAGCCACAACUUGGAGUGAUGACGAACCUGAAUCAGAAGCUGCUCACUCUGACGCAGAAGAAAUGUUCGCUAAUUUUGUAGCUUUUACUGCUAGAGGUGAGACAUGUUCAGAACCUGGAGAUGCAUCUGACACGGAGGGUGGCGAGUACAACUCGGCAGAAGACCUUGAAAUACCAGAUUUAUCUUACGAAGUAGAGUUUAACAAGUUGUAUCUCAAGUGGGAAGCAUUACUUAAAGCAAAUCGUGUAGUGUCUAGUGAAGUUAGAGUAUUGUUUGGUAUUGGCUUUACUGGAGGAACCAACAAAGACAAAACUACUUUUGUCAAGACAUAUGAUCCACGUCCAGAAGAUACUCCUGAGUCAAGCACAACUAAACAAUAUCGUGAAUCAGCGCCUGCCAUUGGCUCAGCAAGGCAAACACGAGGUUACGAGGACACAUCAGACCUGAGCGUUAUUACUUCUACAAAGAACAAAGGGUCGAAAAACAUAGCAAUAAGUAGGGAUGAAAAAUGGUACUUCGACAGCGGUUGCUCACGUCACAUGACCGGAAACGCAACAUUUCUAAGUGACAUAAACACAAGCAACGGUGAAGUAACCUUUGGUGAUGGAGUCAAAUGA